AUGGUGGCUGAUACAGAUGUCAAAGAGAUUGUUGUAGAUGCACUUCCUGAGGUUUCUGAACCUGCAGCUGUUGAUGACAGUGAAGUGACAGAGGAUGCUACCGUGCAGGAUAAGAAGAAAAAGAAGAAGAAGAAGAAGAAGAAGGGUAAUAAUAUGAAGAACAUUGCUUUAAUAUACCCUGAUGAGAAAUACCCUGAGGGACAGUGGAUGGAAUACCAUCAAGAUUUCAAUCUGAAAAGAGUUACCGAUGAAGAGAGGAGAUACUUGGAAAGAAGUGAAGAGUACGAACAAAGGUGUAAUGAUAUGCGUAAAGGUGCUGAGAUUCACCGUCGUGUAAGGGAAAGUGUUAGAAAUAAGAUCAAGCCGGGUAUGACAUUGACUGAGAUUGCUAAUUUGGUGGAAGACGGGACUAGAAAGUUUACUGGCACUGAUGCCAAUGGGGAUCACGUUGAUAGACCAAAGAGCCAAGGUAUUGCGUUCCCAACUGGUCUAUCGCUCAACCACUGUGCUGCUCAUUUCACUCCUAAUGCUGGUGACAAGACCGUGUUGAAGUUCGAGGAUGUAAUGAAAGUUGAUUUCGGUGUCCAUGUUAAUGGUUAUAUCAUCGAUUCUGCGUUUACUAUUGCAUUCGAUCCACAAUACGAUAAUUUGUUGGCUGCUGUGAAGGAUGCAACCAAUACUGGUAUUAAAGAGGCAGGUAUCGACGUUAGGUUGACUGAUAUCGGUGAAGCUAUUCAAGAAGUGAUGGAAUCGUACGAAGUGGAAAUUAACGGUGAGACACACCAAGUGAAACCAUGCAGGAAUUUGUGCGGCCACAACAUUAAUCCUUAUUCGAUUCAUGGGGGUAAAUCUGUGCCAAUUGUCAAGAACGGUGACAACACAAAGAUGGAAGAAAACGAACAUUUCGCUAUCGAAACUUUCGGGAGUACCGGUCGUGGGUAUGUUAUACAAGAGGGAGAAUGCUCUCAUUAUGCUAAGAAACCCGGUUCACAUCCAACACCAUCCCUAUCGAGUGCCAAGAAUCUAUUAAAGGUUAUUGAUGAAAAUUUUGGAACUAUACCGUUCUGUCGUCGUUACUUGGAUAGAUUGGGCGAAGACAAGCACGUAUACGCUUUGAACACAUUGGUGAGGCAAGGUAUUGUAGAAGACUACCCACCAUUGAACGAUAUUAAGGGCUCAUAUACGGCUCAAUUCGAACACACCCUUAUCCUACAUCCUCACAAGAAGGAAAUUGUCUCUCGUGGUGACGACUAUUGA